AUGCACUUCCUCGAGUCUGCCGUUAUUGGUGCCUUUGCACUGGCGAGCCUUGUCGUUGCUCAGGCUCCACGCCUGGCAUUCACCAAAACACCUACCCAAGUUAUUGCAGGCCAGCCAGUUACCAUCCAGUACACAGCGCAAAACCUGAACCAGCCUGCAACUAUUGUGCUGAGAAAAGGUGACCCUUCCAAUCUGGCCGAUGUCUCUACCCUGACCAACAACGCUCUGAAUGGUAGCUACACUUGGAUCCCCGACAGGUCUCUCGACAACGCAAGCAACUACGCUCUCCAGAUUUCCCAAGGCUAUGAGAUCAACUACUCUGGAUUGAUCACCCUCACUGGUGGUAACGCCGCCGCUGUGUCUUCCGCAAAGUCGGCAAGCUCGUCAUCCCAAGUCGCCGCAUCGUCGUUGACCGCCUCUGCUGUCUCGAGCAUCCAGUCCGUCAUUGCGAGCUACAACUCUUCGCUGACCAACCUGACUGCUGUUGUGUCCAUUCAGACCUCGCCUCCUACACCCCCUGCUAACACUACUGCUUUCGUUGUCGCACCUAGUGUCGGAACUGGCUCGCCCGUCGUUCGUAACACGACAAUUGUCUCGCCAACUCUGACUUCUUCCUCUUCGAGCGGAUCGAGAAGUACCGUCACUUCAGUCGUAACUUCGAGCUCAGAAACAUCAGCUCGUAGCUCAUCGGUCUCGACUGCAGCAAGCGCUUCCAGUAGCGGCGCAGCGGCACCUAUGGCCCAGGCCAGCACUCCUGUCCUCGCACUGUUCGGUGUUGCUGCAGUCUUCUUUUUCCAGUGA